GGCGUUCAUCUGAACAAUACGAUUCAGAACAUUCACCUAUAGAUCGAUCUCGUUGGCCACAACCUGAUAUCAAUAGUGAUAAGUUCGAACUGCUGAGACCAAGAGAUGGUACAGCUGAAUUGGUAGUAGAAGAAAUGUUUGCAGAUAUGAUGAAACGUCGUGAAUUGGCUUCUUUACCACCUAGUGCGAAACAAGACAUGCUGAAUUUUUCAUUAGAAAAGAAAUGGACGUUGAUCUAUAAUGAUCGGUAUACUGAAUGGCAUUCUGCAAGACAAAGACGACAUAAUCCCGAAACAUCACCUUCCAAGCGAUCAACUCAAGACUUGAUGCCUUCACCUGGUGGUCCUAAUUCUCAUCACCAUGCUACAAACAAAUUAGCUAGAUCUUCCGGUCAUGGUAUGUGGCGACAUCCUGGCGGUAACCGGAGUGGGAAGAGAGAAGAACCUGAAUGGUAUAUUAAGAAAUUUAUGGAAAGGUCGGCGGAUCACCGAGUUGUGGCUGCAUUAGCAGUCGCUUUAAGGACUUACGAGAUCGGGUGGCUACAAGAAUUCAUUCACCUCAAGGGUCAGAUUGUGUUGACUAACUCACUGGAUAAGAUCAAUGCACCUGGUCAAAUCCGAAAAGAAUCAGACUUGAUUACGGAAUACGAGACAUUGAAAUGUUUGAAGAUCUUAUUGAACUCAAAGCAAGGCGCCAACGAUGCUAUCCUCCAUCCAGACUCGAUUUAUCAGAUUCUGUUCUCUUUAAUCUCACCUCAUCUUCCGACACGAAAAACAGUAGCAGAUAUCUUGACGUUCUUAUGUCAUUGGGAUCGUCCCAAAGGGCAUUCUCAUGUCCUCAAAGGACUUGAUCAAUUGGCUAAUAUGCGGAAUUUGAGUGGCAAGUUAAUUGGAGAAACCUCUGCCCGGUUUGAUGCGUGGUUUUCAUCGUUUGAGCAAGUGAUUGAUGGACGAGGCAAGAUGGGAAGUUUGGUGGGUGCAAGUGAAGAGAUUCGUAGUUUACGAGGUCAUAAUCCACAUAACAGCCUUCUCUCUAACAGUUCAAUAUCUCCUGAUACGCCACAUAGCGGUUCUACGCUCACGCCAACGAGUCCGAUAGGUAUUGAAGGUGCUUUGAAUGAAUACGCACUCGCAAACUUAUUCUUGAUCACCUCGAUCAUUAGCAUUCCUGAAGAUGUGACGGUCCGUGUUCACUUACGAAGUCAAAUGAAUAGCUCAGGUCUCAAGCGAAUCAUUGAUAAAUUAAGAAAGUUUCAACAUAACUCGAUCGAAAGACAACUGAAUCAAAUCGAACUUGAGACAGUACAAGAUGAGGAAGAAUUACUUGAAACUUAUAAUCAUCGAUUGUUGAAUGAUAUGACCAAUCCGUUGGAAUUAUUUAAUACUAUUCUGGAUAAUUUAGGUAACUCACGUGCAAAGGAAUUCUUUGUUUCGAUUCUUCAACAUUUAUUGUUGAUUAAAGAAGAAGGAGAGAAUCAGAUUCGGUUUUAUCAGUUAAUAGAUCAAUUAGUCACUUCUGUGGUAUUAGAUAGUAAGGCUUUGGAUGAUGGUGGAGGUGGAGAUUUCACUUCGAUGCUUGGUGUGAGCGUGGCCGCUGUCCUAUCACGGUUUGCGGAUCAAGAUCAAUUACAGAGUAGUGUGACUGAUUUACAAGAAGCACGAAGGCAAAUCGAAAGGUUAAAGCGUGAUAAGGAUAUGUUGGAAGAAGAAUUAUUAGCAAAUCAAGAUGGCAAGGUGACUGAAUUAAAACAAUCAAAUGAUGAAAUGGAACAUGCAUUAAAUAUCUCACGUACGGCUACUGAAGCAUUACAAUCAAGAAUCAAAGAGAUGGAAAAACAACAUAGAUCAGAAGUGUCACAACAAGAAUUACAAAUUCGAGAAUUGUUUACAAUGUUAAAAGAAUCUAAGAAUUUAGAAGUCGUUCAAGAUGAUAAAGGGAUACUUGAUAGAAGAGAAUUAAUGGAUAUCAUGAAUAAAAAACUUCAAAGAGAAAAAGCGAUUUUAACUUUAGAAGGUAGAACUACCGAUCUGGUGAAUGUUGAAAGUGAUAAGAGUAAAAUGAGGAUCGAAAGUGACACAACUUUAUCAACCCAACGUGGUCUUCAUUCUACUAAAGAGUCGAUUGAUAAAGGAAGAUUUGCUGAUCCAGAUGAUGAUGCGGUUGAACGACAUCAGGCCAAUGAACCCAUCACACCAACGAUCACCAUUGACCGUUCUCGAAGUACGAGGAAAGCGCAUCGAGGCUCACGUCAACUUCCUUCGGAUGGUGAUGAUAGUGGAAGUGAAUUUGGUUUAACACCACCUGAUUCACCUGUAGCAAAGAAGAACAAACCCACCAAACCAAAAGGAUACCCACUUCCUAAAGAUCAUCAGAAUCCACGAGCGAUGAUACCCUCUCAAGUCGGACGUAAACCAGCCUUGUAUCUUGGUGAAUUAAAGAUGCAUCAAUUACGUUCUGCUUCUGGUUCGACGAUGAAAUAUGUGACCACAGAUGAUGAACCAGAUACAGCUUCGGCUUAUUCAGAACAAACGAUGAUGGUGCCUAGCAGUAGUACGAAUUCGAUUCAAAACUUACCACCUGAUUUAGAGAUCCUUAGACUUCAGAAAUCGACUCGACGACUUUCGAAUCCUACCCCGUUACUUCCUCACGACGAUCGAUCUAGUACACUAGACCUUUUGAUUGAUGCUUCUGAACGUGGUUCGGUGGCUACUAUUAAACUUAAUGCUCCUCUUCUCAAGGGUACCCUUCCCGUUCCUGCGUCUGCUGCUCCUCCACCUCCUCCGCCGCCUCCUCCUCCUCCUCCACCUCCUCCUCCACCACCACCACCUCCUCCUCCUCCUCCUCCCCCUCCUCCUUCAGGUCCACCAUUAGAUCUUCAACUUCAACAGAUACCAAAAGCCCCAGCAGCACCACCACCACCACCGGCACCAGGAGCACCACCCCCACCUAAAGCACCAGGAGCGCCACCAGCACCAAGAGCGCCAGGAGCACCACCAGCACCAGGGAUGCGGGUACCAUUAGCACCGAAUGGGAUGAUGAGUGUUAAGAACCGAAAAGAAUUACAGGUGUUUGCAAGUCAAAAAUUAAAACAACUUCAAUGGGAAAAGAUUUCGAAAGAUUCGAUUCAAAACACAGUUUGGGCACAUAACUUUAUUGAUGAAGUUAAAUUGACUGAGAUGUUGAAACAGGAUGGAGUGUUUGUUGAGAUUGAAAAGGAUUUUAGGGCUAAACAGGUUAAAGCUUUAGGUGGUAUGAAGAAGAAAGAAGCUUUAAAGAGUGUUUUGGAUCCAAGAGUAAGACAAAGAAUAGAAAUGAUCUUAUUGAAACCGGGAGCCGAACCGGAUAUGGGAGCAAGAGUGGCAUCUGUGAUUGAUAAGAUUAGAAGGUUUGAUGAAGAUUUUUGUACUCAAACUUUUUUGACGGAGUUGAGUGGAGUUGUACCGGAUCCUACUCAAGUUGGAUUAUUGAACAGACAUCAAACUUCAUCAGAAGAAGAUUUAUCAUUAUUACAUGCAGCUGAUCGGUUCUUGGUGGAAUUAAUUAAAUUUGAUAAUUUAACGCUAAGGAUAGAUGGGAUGUUAUGUAGAUCAAGAUUUGAUGAAGCAUUUGGAAUCUUAGAUCAAAAUGCUACCAAGUUUAAUGUUGCUACUGGUGCUUUACAAGAAGCUCAACAUUUCUCUGGACUUCUCAAUUUGGUUUUGAUGUUGGGUAAUUUCUUGAAUGGAAAUAAUUUCCAAGGUGGUGCGUUUGGGUUCCGAGUGAGCAGUAUUAAUCGGUUGGUUGAUACAAAAGCUACACCAGAUGAAGAUGGUGCAAUGGCUCAAUCUGGAGAUUUCACUUUAUUACAUUUUGUUGAAAAGACCGUUUCACAAUCUUUUCCUGAACUUGCUGGUUUUCUUGAUGAGUUGGCUGAACCUGCUAAUGCAUUUGAUUUACAAGCAUUAGUUAAAGAUUUUACAGAACUUAAAUCAGAAAUCGAAAAAACAAGAACAGCUCUAUAUAAUAAAUUUGAUUUAGAUAAUAUUUCAACCAAUGAUGGCUAUAGACAAAGAAUGCCAAAGUUUGUGAGAGAAGCAGUUAACAAAUUAGCUGUUUUGAAAGAUAAGAUUACCUUGGCUAAAACUUCUUAUACUGAAGUUUUAACUUUCUUUGGUGAAGAGAUUGAUGAACGUAAACAAAUGAAUUCAAUGUCUUUCUUUGGAAUCUUUAAAACUUUUGUUACUUCUUAUCGGAAAGCGAGGGAUGAGAAUCGGAAAUGGAAUGAAGCACGUACUGCUCGUCAGAAACGACUAGAGGCUGAAGCCAAUCGAAAAGCCACCAAAGAAGCAGAUGAUGCAGAUCCAGUCUUGGAAGAUAUCUUAGCCAAGAUCAGAGGAGGUACACCAAGUCGACCACCUGUUCGAGCUAGAAGAGAAAGAGUUACCAUCAUCAAUGGUCAAUCUGAUGUGGGAAAUGCGGCGGCUAAGAUGUUGGCUAUGAUGAAGAGUGGAGCGGAUUCUGAGAUCUUUAAAGAUAUGGCUGCUGAAGGGUUUAAAGUACCUGAUGAUUCAAGUAUUGGUGCUACUACUGCUAGGUUACUGAAAGCUUCUGGUGGGGUUGAAGUUGAGGUUACGUCACCCGCAGCAGGAGCGGCAGCGGCACCAGGACCGGCUGAUCCUGGAAACAGUUUGGAAGAAGUUGUAGAAGAAGAAGAAGAAAACAGUGGUACAACUAGUAUGGAUGAGCCUUUAAGUAUCAAUAUAUUCUGGAAAGAAUAA